CACCGCUUCCACAACAACAAGAAGCUGAAAAACAAGGAAGUGGAUGAUCGUGUGAAGCCGUAACCUGUAAUAAGGCCGUGACAAGAUACGCAGAGCUCCGUUCAGUAAGAUACUCCUCAGCCUCCGGAUCAGUCCACAACCAUGAACAACAAAGGUUCAUAUCCACAGCAGGCUGUGUACCCUCAGCAGAGCACUGCACCUGUAUACCCUCCUGCUAUGCAAAUGUCUCCUCAGGCACCUCCUUACACAGACACACCACCUGCAUAUUCUGAGAUAUACCAGCCCAGAUAUGUGCUUCCACCUCAGGUGCCUGGCCAGGUGCCUCAGAUGUCCUCUCACUACCCUGGUGCUCAGGUGUUUAUGCCCAUGCAGGCACCUAUGCCGGUCGGGCCAGUGGGCCAGAAUGUCCCCAUGGCUUACUAUCCCAUGGGCGCCGUUUACCCACAUGGUUCAACAGUGAUGGUGGAAGGCGGCUUUGAUGCUGGUGCUCGCUUCACAGCUGGCAGCAGUGUUUCCAUCCCACCUCCACCUCCUGGACACCCCCCUAAUGCAGCUCAGCUGGCUGCCAUGCAGGGUGCCAAUGUUAUGAUGACACAGCGCAAGAAUAACUUCUUCCUGGGUGGAUCCAGUGGAGGUUAUACAAUCUGGUAACAGCAACUCCUCAACUCUUUCUUCAUGCCUAAACCGUGUCCCCGUUCCUGAUGAUUCCCCAAUUCUUCCCCCAUCCCAUAAGCCUCCCUCUUCAGGCUGCUUGGCCGUGCCACAAUACUGAUAUCACCUAACGGAAUGUAAUAUUUUAGAGCCCUUGUGAAAGGUACAGUACUCCACUUCUGACCUAGAGAUCAAAUGAUAAAUGCCACUGCCUGGAGAGGACAAAUGCAAAUUUUUAAUGUUAUAGAAUCCAUUCCAUAAUUCUUCAAUGGGUCUAACCUCUUUGGUCAUUCCAGAUUGGACUUGGACUCUUUCAGGCAUCUGUAUUUGUUCAAGAGACCUGCUCUCCUUUGAUCGAACGGUCACAAAUUACAUUGAGAUGUUCUUGUAUUCCUGUAAAGCUACGUAAAUGAAAUGUUGAAAUAUCAGACCCGCAUUCUAUAGUUUAGCUGCUUUAUGGUGAAAGUGAAACGCAGUUACAAAGUUGCAGUUAAAGCGCAAAAAAAAAGAAAUCUCCACUUGUCUUUUUUUGAAACCUUAUAGUGUAGUUAAAUUAGUAAGUGUGUAAUAGUUCCAUGUAAAUACCAGUAUGAUGAUCAUGAGAAAUUACAUCUCAAGUAUAAAAAAAAAAAUCUGCAUCCUGGAUGCUUUUAGCUAGAAUUGUCUUGUCUUUUGCACAGUAUCCAAAAAAAAAACCACAGCAAAUUUGUUGCACAGUGAAUUGUCUAUCGGACAAAUUGUUCUAUUUAAAUCACGUGUAAAUUAAAUAAAUUACAUUUAAGCAAAAAAAAAAAAAAAAAACUAAAUUUGAGAAAAGAUUUAAUGCAAUAUCUAAAGUGGUUUACUGUACCUUGUUGGGCAACUUGUAGAUGAACAUAGUCAAGUGCCAAAGAGCACUGGGGAUAGCCCUAAAUUAAAGCAAAUUAACUUCAGUAAACUUAAAGGAAAGAAAUUUAAAGUAAAUCCAAAUAGUAAGAAGAAUGGGAAGGGGUGGUUGGUGUAACAUUUUAGCUUUUUUGUCUCCUGUUUCUAUUUCACAGUCGGAUACCCAGAGUUUAUACACUAAAUGUUUUAUUGUACAGAUUUUAAGAAGUUCCCUCCCUUGUUUCUCUUUCACAACUUAGCAUCAUUAAACUAAGUACUUAUUCACCAUAGAAAAACAUCACCUUUUGUGAUAGUAUUAGUUUAUAGUCAACAUUUUCAGCAAGGUUGAGGAGACUUCAUCAAAUAUUUCACAAUUUCUUUUUUUUUCCUUCAUUACUUUUUCCAAACUUAAGUGAUUUACAUGAGUAGUUAGGCUAAUAAAUUUGUUAGUAUGACCAAUGAGCUGGUUGUACCAAAGAUCUGGUCUACAAUGCACUUACGUUUGGUUGUGACUUGAAAUUUUAGACGUCACAAUUUAAAAGCAAACAUAUCUUUGAAAAACAAGUUGUGACACUGUCGGCCCAUGGAGCCUUCAGUGUGUCGUGACUGCAAUCGUUAGUUAAUGUGUUAGUGUCACUUUACGUGGGUUAAAUGCGUCUUUAAGUUCCUUUAUACUUUUGCACCUUUGCUAUGUACAAAUUUGAUUAAAACACUUUUUAUCUGAAAUGCACUGCUAAGCAAAACUGAGAAGUUGCAGACAAGGGGCUACUCUUUUUUUUCCAAUUUUGUUUUCAUGUGUUUUUUAAAGAAAGCUGUGACAUUUUUGAACAUUUUUAGAUUUUAAAAUUCAUCCUGUCUAGUCAAUUUUAAACUAGUGUCAAGACGCGUAGUGUUGUUCAGUAGCCUGUAAGUGUAUGCAAACCUUUUGCAAGGAGGCUAUAUGACUGUCAGCAUGAUUGUUUAUUUCCAAGACGUUUUUGUGUCAUUGAGCAAACACAGUACAGUAUCUGGCGAACUUAUAUAAGGCAUCUGAAACUAGAUAAGUCAUCAGCAUGGACACCAUCAACUAAUAAUUGUAGAUAUUUCUCAUUUUGGUGUCAAUGUGUCACUGGGUAUCCGACAUACCAUAUUAAGUUUUAACAGCUGUGGCCGCCAGAAAACAGAGUGUUCAUGUCGGCACACAUUUAGCGAUUUCAGUGUUACCUAAGAACGACCAUCUGUCUGUAAACCUGCUUCAUUCCUCUGAUGAACCUCUUCUGUGCAGCUCUCAUACAAAAGCUACAAAAACAGACGUGACUGAUGUGUCACUCAAAUAUUUUAAAUAAUUCUCUGUGUUCACUUAUUCCUGCUCAUGCUGUCAUUAUGUACAGCUUUCAUGGGAGAGAGGCCACAGCUUUUAAAACUUAAAAAAAAAUGUAAUUCAAAAAAAUGUUUUCUUUUUAUUUCCAUCUCUGCUCUGAUUGUUUGUAAAGCAGCAUAAUGGUGGCUUUGUCCCAGCAAUAUGAAGUACUGUAAACUACAGCUGACCAGUAGAUGCUAUGCCAACCACAGCCAGCAAAAGGAUCACUCUUUGUUGAAGGAUUAUGGACAUUUAUAGUUCAGGGAUUCUCUUUACAAUAUUUUGUAAAAUAGAUGUAUGUACUAAAGUGAUGUGAUGGGACUUUGGUACACAUUCUAUCUUUUAAGAUUACUAAAGGAGAUGAGUGUCACUACAGUUUGCUGAGACAUGUCAAAGAUGGAAUACUUUGAAAAAAAGAACUUAGGUGCACUUAACUUUUUUAUACUAAACUUAAAAUUUAAAAUGUAAGUUUAGAAUAAAGGUUAUUUUGGAAAUUUGAAAA